ACUGCGCAACUUUCAUUGCGAUGAAGCAAAUUCUCGGUUUGUACGUUCUCGCGACAAUUCUGGCCGCGUGUUCGGCCGGUGUUUGUCGACCAGGCUUGAAAGAACAUCAGGAUUGGUAUCGGUGCGAAGGUCUGACAAAUAUAUCUCAAGAGCUACAGAUACCCGGAAAUGCGGUUGGCAUCGAAAUCGUUGACUCUGACAUCAAGACGAUACCGACAGAUGCGUUCGCGGCCCUCGGUGAUUCUCUGGAGGAGCUCAAUAUCACGAAAUCCGGCGUGGAAGAGAUCGAGCCUAAUGCGUUUCGAGGUCUUGGCAAGUUACGCGUGCUGGGUCUUGUGGACAACAAGAUUCGUAAACUGAACUCGUCGUGGAUUCAGGAUUUGACGUAUCUCAAGAAUUUCCUCGUGUGGAACAACAAAAUCGUUGCGAUCGAUUCGCGAAUAUACGAUCUGCUCCCGAAUUUGGAAGUCUGGGACGUCGCGUACAACGAGCUGGUCGACUGUUUGCCGCCCGAGCAGCUGAAGAAGCUGACGAAACUGAAGCUGAUCUACCUGGCCGGUAACAAGUGGUUGUACCGAUGCCGUCGCGAUAUGACGUAUUAUCUGGGCCGAAAUCACGUUCGGUUUGUCCACGACUGGGGCUCCAGCGAUUUGCUGAUCGACGAGUGUCUCGCUCACGCGCCGCACGCCGACAUCAGCGACGCCGCCCUGGAAACGUGCGUCGACCAACGCAUAACCAACCCGCUCGCAGCUUUGUACGCGAUGACCCAGAACCUCACAACAAGAGUCAACAGAUUAGAAGCCUAUGUCGCUCUUUUAAACGAUACCUAUGUACCCUUAAAACUGCGACUUUAGACUGAAAAUUGCGGAAUAACGAACUCGCGAGACGCUUACAGAUUUGACUAACUUCGCGUACGACGUUUGGAACAAGUAGCGGCGCCGAUACGAACAGUUGAUGAGAUAUACUCGAUGACCAUUGUUUUUGUUUCAGUAACUUAUCGUUGCGCGUGCUAUUAUGUUAGACGAGAAGAUAACAUUCGCGCGCGAAUAUUUACUCACCGUGUAUACCAAAAGAAACAAAAAAAUAUGCGUUCAAAGACGCGACGUUGGUGCAUUUAACGUCGUACGGAUGCCGAGCGAAUGUUUUCACGUUAUUACAUUGUUGUCAAGCGUUAUAUUCGGUCUAUACGUAUACGUCUAUCUAUGUACGAGUAGAUUUAUCUCCGUAAUACUUUCAUUUUCUAACAAAACUGCACCGCGCUCGAACUUGCACCAUUGUUGCGCAUGUUAACAAUGUUUUUUAGUUCGAAGUUAAUUAAUUUUCUGCGAACAAGAACGCGUUUCUUUUUGGUUUUUACAUCUCUCUGACUUUUGUAACCUACUAGCGUGUAAUAAAUGAGCAUUUCUUAAAAACA